CUCAAAUUUGGAGAGUUUCGGCGUUCGGAUCUCUAGAUUUCGAGGGUGCCUGCGCACGCCUGCGAAGAGUCGUUCUAGUUCGUCUCGAAAAACAGUCCUGGCGUCUCGAGUUGAAACCCUUCAAAUAGCGACUUUUUCUCGUCCGAUAAACUCCUUGUUCGCAGUUCAAGACUCGUCUCAAUUUCUUCCACACCCUUAUCACUUUUGUCGGCAUCUGCUUCUGCCUUUUCUCGUCUUUUUCUGCCAUAGGACCUAUGAGUUGCCUCUCUGUGUCUGCGGCAAGGGCGUACGCUGCUGCUGCUGCCUCUCGGCCCGUUUCCGCGUCUUUUCUGCCGGCUUUCUCGCGUCUCUCGCAGUGCAGUUUUCUCAGCGAAAACUGCGUUUUACGCUGUACUUCUUCCGUUUAUCCCGCUUCGCACUCGACGCAUCGCACAAACGAUCUCCAGUCGACUCUCUCAGCUGUCGUCCUCCCGGAAAGGUUGCCUUGCACCCCCCUCGCGCACGCGGCCGCCGUCGUCGCUGUCUGGAAUUCUGGGUCUCUGCUCGUUUCUACACCACUUUUCUCGGUCUGUCGCACCGAAACUAUCAGCUGCGCACCGCCGGCACAGCGACAGCAGGAACGCGCCUUCGCCUCCGAGAGAAAACUCUCAGUUAUUUCAACGAACGCGAGCGAAAUGGCGCCCACAAACACGAACAACGGCGCUCCCUCCUGUGCCGAUGGAGAAUUCGACUACGACCUCGCAGUCAUUGGCGGAGGCAGCGGCGGCUUGGCGUGCGCGAAGAUGGCCGCGGCGCAAGGCGCAGAGACCGUCGUUUUCGACUUUGUUCAGCCGUCCACUCAGGGCUCUACUUGGGGGCUGGGAGGAACUUGCGUGAACGUCGGAUGCGUCCCCAAAUACCUUUUCCACCACACCGGACUCGCGGGUGCCAACGCACACUGGGAUGGCCCUCACAUGGGAUGGAAGGGAAAGUUUGAGGAGCAGGUCGACUGGGGUGUCUGCGUCGAGAAAGUUCAAAACUACAUCAAGUCUCUGAACUUUGGAUAUCGCACCGGACUCCGCAAGGCGGGCGUCACCUACAUCAACGCGUAUGCCAAGUUCGUUUCGCCGCAUGAGCUUGCGUACACCUUUCGAGGAGAAGAUAAAAUUUGCAAGGCGAGGAACAUCGUGGUGGCGGUCGGAGGCAGACCUCACAUUCCUGAAGAGGUCGAGGGGGCAAAGGAGCUCGCGAUCACAAGUGAUGACAUUUUCUCUCUCAAGCAAGCCCCCAACAAGACACUCUGCGUAGGGGCGAGUUACAUUUCUCUUGAAUGCGCCGGCUUCCUCCGCGAAUUGGGAUUUGACGUCACCGUGGCUGUGCGUUCCAUAUUGCUGCGCGGCUUCGAUCGGCAGUGCGCAGAGCAAGUUGGACUUUGUUUGGAGGAGGCAGGUGUCCGGAUUUUGCGGGAAACCAUCCCUGCGAAGAUGGUGAAGCAGGCGAAUGGAAAAAUCCAAGUCACGUUUCAGGUCGGAAAGGAGAAGAAGGAGCUCGUCGAGGAAUUCGACACGGUCCUCUACGCCACAGGACGCAAAGCCGACACCUCCAACCUCAAUCUUCAGGCUGCAGGCGUCGAGACCACGGAGACUGGGAAGAUCGUCUGCGAUGGCGACAGCCACACAAGCGCCCCAUCUGUCUACGCGAUCGGCGACGCUGUGGAAAACUUCCCAGAGUUGACACCAGUUGCCAUCAAGGCUGGAGAGAUCCUUGCCCGCCGUCUCUUCGCGAACAGCACAGAACAUAUGGAUUUCACCAACAUUCCGACAACGGUCUUUACGCCGAUCGAGUACGCCCACACCGGAUACUCGGAGGAAGCCGCUGAGGCGGAGUUUGGACGCGACGAUCUGGAGGUUUAUCUGUUCCAGUUUUCGCCGCUCUUCUUCUCCUGCGUGCACCGCGAGAAGGCGCCGCAGGCCAGGAAGAGCCCCGAAGACGUCGACAUCACCCCGCCAUGCCUCGCGAAGCUGAUCUGCGUGAAAAGCGAGGACGAGAAAGUCGUUGGGAUUCACUUCGUGGGUCCGAAUGCAGGCGAACUCAUGCAAGGCUUUGCACUGGCUGUGCGUCUAGGCGCGAAAAAGAGAGACUUCGACAAGUGUGUGGGCAUCCACCCGACGAACGCAGAAGCUUUCAUGGCCCUGACCGUCACCAAGGCAAGUGGAGAGCCAUUCGUUGCUUCUGGAGGAUGUGGAGGCGGCAAGUGCGGAUGACGGUCUUGCAGAACGUUCAAAGAGAUUUCUUGAUUGACGUGACUUUUCCCGUUGAACUUCUCGUCUUCGUGCAGUCUAUCCGCCACUUACAGGAUAUCCGUGUGGUCCGAAUGCGAGGACCAAAGGCGCUCUUUUUUCCGGAAAGCGGUUCUUUUUCUACAGGGGAAAACGUCUUUCCUCCUAAAGGAAGGAGUCUUCUUACUUAUAGGAAAGGAGUUCUUUGCAUCUGGCGUGGAAGACUUAUGUGUGUCUCAGAGGAAGCGACUUCGUUUUUUCUCGAAAGAAAAGAACUCUUUCGGUUUAAAUUGGAAGAAAGCUCUUUGGCUGCAGGGGCGACGAGAUCCGUUUUCCCCAACUGACAAUGGUUCUCUUCCUCUAACGAAAAACACGUUCCUCGACAGAAAAUCC